AUGGCACAAUUCAUGCAUCCUGCACCAGCCUAUAUGGCACAAUUUGUGCAUCCUGCACCAGCCUAUAUGGCACAAUUUGUGCAUCAUGCACCAGCCUAUAUGGUACAAUUCAUGCAUCCUGCACCAGCCUAUAUGGUACAAUUUAUGCAUCCUGCACCAGCCUAUAUGGUACAAUUUAUGCAUCCUGCACCAGCCUAUAUGGCACAAUUUGUGCAUCAUGCACCAGCCUAUAUGGUACAAUUUGUGCAUCCUGCACCAGCCUAUAUGGCACAAUUUGUGCAUCCUGCACCAGCCUAUAUGGUACAAUUCAUGCAUCCUGCACCAGCCUAUAUGGCACAAUUUGUGCAUCCUGCACCAGCCUAUAUGGUACAAUUCGUGCAUCCUGCACCAGCCUAUAUGGCACAAUUCAUGCAUCCUGCACCAGCUUAUAUGGUACAAUUCAUGCAUCCUGCACCAGCCUAUAUGGUACAAUUUAUGCAUCCUGCACCAGCCUAUAUGGUACAAUUCAUGCAUCCUGCACCAGCCUAUAUGGUACAAUUUAUGCAUCCUGCACCAGCCUAUAUGGCACAAUUCAUGCAUCCUGCACCAGCCUAUAUGGCACAAUUUGUGCAUCCUGCACCAGCCUAUAUGGUACAAUUUGUGCAUCCUGCACCAGCCUAUAUGGCACAAUUCGUGCAUCCUGCACCAGCCUAUAUGGCACAAUCUGUGCAUCCUGCACCAGCCUAUAUGGCACAAUUCAUGCAUCCUGCACCAGCCUAUAUGGCACAAUUUGUGCAUCCUGCACCAGCCUAUAUGGCACAAUUCAUGCAUCCUGCACCAGCCUAUAUGGCACAAUUUGUGCAUCCUGCACCAGCCUAUAUGGCACAAUUUGUGCAUCCUGCACCAGCCUAUAUGGUACAAUUUGUGCAUCCUGCACCAGCCUAUAUGGUACAAAUGAAGGAAUUUUCCACUUCAGCAAUUGUACUUUGA